AUGGUCACCAUGGCGGCGACCAAGAAGCAGCCCUGGCGUGGCGCCGCCCCGCUCUCCACUGCCUCCUCCUCCUCGGCGCCCUCCUGGCCCUGGGGCUCCCGCAUUGCGCCGUCCCGCAUGCGGACGCACGGGACGACGAAGAAGAAGAGGGGCUGGGGCGGGAGUGGGAGCGGGAGCGGCGACGCCGUGGUUGUCCCGGCGAGGAGGUCGUCCGUCUACAAGGGCGUGACCAGGCACAGCAUCUCAGGGAGGUACGAGGCGCACCUGUGGGACAGGCAUUGCCGGAGCACGGCCCAGGGCAGGAGAGGCAAACAGGUUUAUCUGGGAUGUUACAAGACAGAGGAGGAAGCAGCUCGCACCCAUGAUCUCGCGGCGCUCAAGUGCUGGGGUUCAGAUUGCGGGCUCCUCAACUUCCCAGUGGACACGUACAGGCAGGAGCGCGAGAGGAUGCAGCGGAUGACACGGGAGGAGUACCUGGCGAGGCUGAGGCGCAACAGCAGUGGCUUCACAAGAGGCGUCUCCAAGUACAGGGGAGUUACAAGGUGUUCAACAACUUAUUGGCACCGCACGCAUCACGCGAACGGCCGGUGGGAGGCGAGGAUCGGUCACUCUGCCGACACGCAGUACUCCUACUUGGGAAUUUUCGAUACCCAGGAGGAGGCGGCCAGGGCCUACGACCUCGCCGCGAUACGAAUCCGCGGCCCCGGCGCCGUCACCAACUUCGACGCCGACUGCUACGUGGACAUCCCGCAGCCGCUCCCCUGCAAGCCCGAGCCGGACCCGGAGCCGGCCGCGGCCCGUCCAUGCCCGCCGGCGCCACUGCCGCCGCCCAAGAUCGAGCCCAAGGACGAGCCGGAGAACCACUUCGAGUUCGAGCGCGAGCCGCCGCCCGCCCCGGCGCUCCGCGACGACGCCGACCACGUGGACCGCGCCAUCGCCGAGGUCCUGCAGGCGCUCUGCGUGGACCGCGCCGACUUCGAGGCCAGGUACCCGCCCCGCCGCGCGCGCGUCGCCGCCCCCGCCGGCGCAGGGUGGCCAACGCCGUCGGGCUCGGACGACCUGCCGGUGCCGGGCGACGCGGGCUUCUUCGAGGACGACAUCGAGAGCGUGCUCUUCGACGCGCCCGGCGACGCCGAAGUCCCGCGCGCCGCCACCGCCACGAUCAGCUCGCUGGCGUCUGGCCGCUGGUGGUGACGGACGUCGGCGUGCCCCAUGUUGGUGGUGCCGGUGCG